CAAUAAUCCAUGAAAAAUAUGUUACAAUGCAAAAAAAUUCUGUUUUUCUUCUGAUUUUGGGGUGAAAUAUGAACCAGACAUAUUCUCGACAGGUUUACCUAUAAACAGGUGAAGUAGGAAGAGAGAGAUCGAGUGAGAUGUGUGUGUGUGUGUGUGUGUGUGUGUGUGUGUGUGUGUGUGUAUGUGUGUGUGUGUGUGUGUGUGUGUGUGAAUCUGUAACUUGAGAGUGUUUGUGACGUAUGUGUGUGUGUAGAGGGGGUUGGCCUAGUGACGACCUCAGGUGUGUUUGCACGGCUCCAUAACAGAGUGUUAGAUUUGAUCGGGGGUAGACAGAUAGAUUAAGAUGCUUGCUGAAUAAAAUGUACACCCCUUAGAAAGCAGGAGCAAAAUUAUAGGAUCAAAUCGAGCAGAUGAAAAGGCCCGAAGGAGAUGGUGUUUUCCAGAAAACUCUAAGGAUUACCAGGAAGUUAGCAGAUCUUUGCCUGUCUGGACUCGUUGAAUUGAAGGGGGAGCCAACCCCAAUGAAGACCACCUGGUACUGUCCACUAGACCUGUCCACUAUGUCCGAACUGGAGGAAGACGGUAUCAUCUACACUGUCGUGGUGAAACAUGGCUCUCCCACAAGCCCGCAGUCCACAGCAAAACGCUCCCAGAACGUCAAAGCAGGGACAGAGGAAAAGCUCGUCCUGCAUCUUCUUCACUCCUUCUCCAUGGGUGACUCCUCCUUCAUUUCUAUCUUCCUGUCCACCUAUCGCACCUUUACUUCCACCCAGAGAGUGCUGGACAUCCUGAUUGACAGACUGGAAAAUCCUCCUGGAGAGAUUAAAAGUAACACUCGUCAGACGUUCAACAUGGCGGUGUGUACAGUGUUCAGCACGUGGUUGAGUGACUAUCCCGAGGAUUUCCGUUCUCUGAGCGAUCCACCCUGCCUAUUGCGGUUGGCCCCGCUCCUUCCAACAGACACUCCAGGAGCUGAAAUCAAAGGCCGCUUGCUGAGGAUAGCUGAGGAGCUGUGUGAGAGAACGCUGCUGUCUGGCUCUCUGUCAGAUCCUAUCAAAGACGUGAUCUCCCCUCCCGAUCCCUCGGAGUUUGAUUCCACCAGCAUCCUCGGAUUUCCAUCAAGUGUGAUUGCAGAACAGCUCACCAGGAUUGAGACAGAGCUGUUUCUGAAGUUGGUGCCCCACCACUGUCUGGGCUCUCUUUGGUCUCAAAGAGAUAAGAAGGGAAAGGAAGGAGCAUGCUGGUCGGUCAGAGCCACUAUUAAGCAGUUCAAUCGUUUAGCUAACGCCGUCACAGCCUCGUGUGUGUGGAACACGGGUCUAAAGAGCCAACAGAGGGCACGACUGCUGGAGAAAUGGAUCAGCGUUGCAGAGGCCUGCAGAACGAGGAAGAACUUCUCUUCACUGUAUGCGAUUCUUUCAGCUCUGCAGAGUAACCCCAUCCACAGACUGAGAAAGACCUGGCAGGAUACAGACAGAGAAGCUUUACGGAGGUAUGAAGAACUUUCUAAUAUCUUCUCUGAGAAAGAUAACUACUCCCAGAGCCGCGAGCUACUCAAAGAGGAGGGAAAUUCCAAAUUUGCAAACCAUGAUGCUAAAAAUAACAACAGAAGAUUCACUGGGUCCUGUGCUCAAGGCACUGUGCCAUACCUGGGCAUCUUCCUCAGAGAUCUCACAAUGCUGGACACUGCAGUAAAAGACAGACUUGAGAAUGACUACAUUAACUUUGAUAAAAGACGACGGGAGUUUGAGGUUAUUGCUCAAAUUCGGCUCCUUCAGUCCUCGUGUAAAAACAGCAUUUUCAGGACGGACGGGACAUUUGUUCAGUGGUAUCACAGCGUACCCACUCUGCGUGAAGAGGAAAGCUACAAGCUGUCCAAUCAAAUUGAAGCAAUGGGUGAGCCGAGUCCUGGGCGUGGCAUGAACCCCACAGUGAUCAUCACACAGUGUCCAGACGCUCUCUCUGCAGUGGCACACACGGCAAUAGAUGCUGAUAGUAUAUUUGACUUCCCUUCUCCUGUCAAUCACCUACUCUCAAAGCUUUGCAAGCAUGUGAAAUCACCCUCCGUUUCAUGUCUGGAUGUUGAUUCGUCUCCACCACCAACCAAUGAUGGCACACCUUCUGUACUAACCACGCCCACUUCACCAGUCAAAUCCCAUCGCCGGUCUGUCUCCUGUGGCAACAACCCCAUCAAUAACAAAGCAGAGGCAGGACCUGAUAUGAGAAUCGUCAGGAUACGGAUGGAUUUACAAGAUGGCAAUUUAUAUCGAAGCAUUUUGGUGACUAGUAAUGAUAAAACACCUACUGUAAUCAGUUCUGCAUUAGAGAAGCACAACCAGAAUGCAAAAGAAGCCUCCAAAUAUGAGCUGAUACAACUGCUGCCGGAUGGGAAAGAGUUAAUAAUACCACCCACAGGAAACGUCUUUUACGCCAUGUCAUCAGCUAGUGUGGACUUCCUAUUAAAAAGGCGAGGAGGAAUCACACCAACGGGGUCUCCAUCUCUUGGCAACGAAACCAGCGCAACCUUUCCACGAAUCAAAGCCAAGGGCCGAAGAUUAGUGCGGACACUUUUUUAAAAAGAAAACAGAAUAUUCAAGUCCAAGUACUUUCAAAAGAAAAGACACAAUAUAUUUUAUUUGGAGCACUGUGAUAAGAUACUCUGUUAAAGGAGAUGAACAUUUUCAUAAUUUACUCAUCCUCACCAAAUUUUACUUGCUUCAUAAAAGGAGAUCCCAAGCCCAUUUGAUAUGCUUGCUUCAUAAAAGGAGAUCAGUGACCAUUCAGUGGCCUCAGUCACCAUUCACUUACAUUGCACAUUUUUCCAUACAGUGAAAGAGAAUGGUGAAUAAGGCUGUCAGUCCUUUGAGCUCCACUGAAGAAAGUAAUAUGGGUUUGGAACAACAUGAGGGUGAGUAAAUAACAUUUUCAUAUUUGGAUGAACUGCCCCUUUAAAGUAUUUUUCUGUUAGUCCUAAUAUUGGUGUAUUUUGAUUGAAAGCUUGAAAUGGCUCUAAGAUGUUAGCAAAAUGUUGCACUAUUUUUGCAUUUAAGUGUCGAGUACCCAUCGCUGAUGCCAGCAUUUCCUGGACUCCCCUGUCUACCUCUACAGCUAUUAGUCCAUUGAUUACAGCAUUUUAGUUUAGAAACUGCAUUAUUAAUGAACAUAAAACUAAGAUAGAGCAGCUAAAAUCCAAACAUAAUAAACACUUAAAGAAGGUACUUACACCUGUAUAAACAUUUCAAACACUGAGCUCUUCUUUAUGGGCUACUGAAAUGUAAAAGUUACUGAAAACUGCCCAACUACCUAAAAAUUAGCUACAAAACAAUAUAUAUAAAACACUGCCACUGUCUAAUAUCUUCAAGUAUGCAAACUGGUAGUGUACACUCUCAUUGUAUAUUUGAACAGAAUUAAUCAUUUUAGUGGUAAAAUACAAUCUUUCAAAACCUAGUGAGCUGCUUUGCUGUCUACAUAGUCAGUUGCCUUCUAAAUGGACAUUCAGAGGGACAACACUCUUGAGCUAAAAAAGCUAGAUGCAGUGCAACAUAUAGAACAGAAAGGCAAGAACGCAGAGUGGCUAAGAAUAGUGAGAUGCGGCACGGUAGUCAAAAGAUGUUUGUCUAGUUUACGUUUACAUAGAAAAACAGUGCAGACGGGUACAAAACUAUGUUCGGUUGAACGACCCUAAAGUUUCUCAAUUUCAUUCUACCUGAAAUGGAACCUCAUGACUGAUUUGGAACACUCUACAUUACACUCUAAUAAGCUUACUUCAUAGAGCAUAUAAAAAUAGGGUAAAAUGGUCCAUUUUUAAUUAGAUGGGUUAAUUUUUAUGGUUUGACGUUAGCAUUUUGCUAAGCUCACGAUGUGAUAUUCUAAUAAGCAUUAAAAUCUUUAGUGCAUCUAAAUAUUGCUUAAAAUUGCCAUUUUGUUUAUUAAAUUGGUGCAUUUUAAGAGAGUUUGGCCUUAGCAUGUUGCUAACAUAAAAUCUAAAUAUUGCUUAAAAUGGUCAUUUUGUUUAUUAAAUUGGUGCAUUUUAAUAGAGUUUGACCUUAGCAUGUUGCCAAGCUCAUGAUGUGAUACUCUAAUCAACAUAAAAAUCCAUAGCACAUUAUCCCGCAUAUAAAUAUUGCAUAAAAUUGCGUAAAUUUGUAAUCAGAUGUGUUCAUUUCAAUAGAGUUUGAAGUUAGCAUAUUGCUAAGCUACAUCACGAUACCAGUGACAAUUUAGCUCGAGACGGAGCACUUGUAUUAAAAUGAAUGCAAUAAAUAGUCAUUAUCAAUAUGGCAGAUAUAGAAACGGAUGUCCUGACUCACAGGUAAAAUAACUAAUCACCUUUUCGAUAUGGACAUCGCAUGUCAAUCAACUCAAGAACGUGCAUUAGAUGCACCAUCCGGGAAAACUGUUUUUUUAGCGUGAUCUGAGGUAAAGAAGCACAAUUUAUCAUACAAUUGUUGUUAAACUUUACUGCAUAUGUUAUUUGGUUGUCCUUUUUGACCAACCCUUUUGGAAAUGUUGGUCUUUCCCCAUUCUAGAAGAUAGGAGCUGUACUUCUACAGCCUCCAUCCAUAGAAAAUAGCUGCCCAGGAGCGUUACCAAGACGUUACCAUCAAGUGGACUGACUUAAAUUAAAAGGACUUUGGAAAUACUCUAAUAAAAAUCCAAAGGGUAUAUAAAUAUCGGGUAAAAUUGUCCAAUUAAAAAAAAAAGGUAUUAGAUUGGUCCAUUUUAAUAAUUUUAUGUUAGCAUGUUGCUAAGCUAUGCAGGCAGCUCACUAGGUUUUGGUACAAAGCCAGAGCCAAUUUCGUGUUGGAUUUACUGCAGGUCACCAGGCCUCACUGUUUUCCUGAACCAAAAUGAAUUACUUAAAAAAAAUUAAAAAAAAGGCAAAAAAAGCUGUUCUUGCGAUAUUAUUUUUUUACCCUUAAAAUGCCAGGAUGCAAUGAUCAACCAGAAAAGAAAAUGUGCAAUGUUACACUUGUUUCGACCCUGAUGAACCUUGCGCUCUUAUACUCCUAUGCUGUUGACGUCUCUAUGGGAUCUGAGGUAUACAAGUGCUCAAAGCAAGGGAGAGGGGUGCUCUCAAUUUAAUUUCAGUCUUUGUUUGUGGUGACUUUGUAAAGUGCCUUAAUAUCAGGUGCUCUUUUGGGAAUGUUGUUGUGUUGGUGUGUUGCGCAGUUAAGCAUGCUGUGGCUUUGGUCCUGUACCGUCAGAUCUGUGUUCUGACAUGUUUAUGCACUACAUACCUCCUAUUCUUGUAAUAAACUUUAAU